AUGACAACUGUGAGGACAUGGCGAGGCCCAGCAGCAAGCAGCAACCCCAGGUCGACCCCUCGUAAUCCUUCCCCUACCUACCCUGCGCUGCCCUGCGCUGCCGAGAGCCACAUGUGUGAUGCAGCAGCGGACGUUGGUCAGCAGCACAACGCAGCCCACCGCAGGGCAAGCGACCACAACAGUGGAGGCCAGAAGCUUGUCAAGCAACCGCAGAUUUCAGUUCCCAGCAGCGGCACUGGAUAA